GCUGGAGCUCUUCCGUGCGUGUGUAUGCCUGUAGGUGUAUGCGUGUGUUCGAGAGAGUGGACUUCAUCAAGACGAGGGCCACGGCUGCAGAACUGGCGCGUCCACACACUGCAAACUACCUCCACGCGGUAACGACUGAGACGAGGGCUGAGCGCUUGGAGGGUUCCCGUAUCCGGCGCUUUGCACGAGGAGCCAUAUUUGUCUCCGACAUGUAGUCACUCCAGCAGCGUGGGUGAUCACAGCGGUAAAGAAGAGGAUGAAGAGUGAGGGUAGGCUGAUGCCAUGAAAAUCACAACAAUCCAUUGAGGAAGAGCACGGAGGUGCGCGAUGAUGACUAUGGACCCGAGCGGGGCGAUUCGAGGGAGGUAGCGUCCGCCAGAGUCCACGGAAACGUCUAUUAGUCGCUUUCGUGUGGAGGAUGGAUUUCAGCCGGCUCCGGAACAUCAUCAGUCGAUACUGCGUAGGGGAGGAGAACUGGGUCGACAGUAGGACCGUCUACAUCGGCCAUAAAGAACCCCCUCCUGGAGCAGAGGCCUAUAUACCUCAGCGUUACCCUGACAACCGCAUCGUCUCCUCAAAGUACACCUUUUGGAACUUCAUCCCCAAGAACCUGUUUGAACAGUUCCGACGAAUUGCCAACUUCUACUUUUUGGUCAUAUUUCUUGUCCAGCUCAUCAUCGACACCCCCACCAGCCCAGUCACCAGUGGCCUGCCGCUCUUCUUCGUUAUCACGGUUACCGCCAUCAAGCAGGGCUACGAGGACUGGCUACGACACAAAGCUGACUGCUCCAUCAACGAGUGUCCGGUGGAUGUGGUGCAGCGUGGGAAGGCGGCGAGGACGCAGAGUCACAAGCUACGGGUGGGUGACAUCGUGGUGGUUAGAGAAGACGAGACCUUCCCAUGUGACCUCAUCCUCCUCUCGUCAAGCCGACAGGAUGGUACCUGCUACGUCACAACCACUAGCCUGGAUGGGGAGUCCAGUCACAAGACGUACUACGCCAUACCAGAUACAAUGGCCUUCAGGACUGACCAGGAAGUGGAUUCCCUACACGCCACUAUUGAAUGUGAACAACCACAGCCUGACCUCUACAAAUUUGUGGGACGGAUCAAUAUUUAUAAGGAAAAUGAAGAACCUGUCGCGAGACCACUUGGUGCUGAGAACUUACUACUCAGAGGAGCAACACUGAAGAACACACAACAUAUUUAUGCCGUUGCCAUCUACACCGGCAUGGAGACGAAGAUGGCGCUCAAUUACCAGUCCAAGUCACAGAAGCGUUCCGCCGUAGAAAAGUCCAUGAAUGCCUUUCUGAUUGUCUAUCUUUGCAUCUUGAUCAGUAAAGCAGUCAUCAACACCGUACUAAAAUACGCCUGGCAGUGGUCUCCGGACCGUGACGAGCCAUGGUACAACCAUAGGACGGAGAAUGAGCGACAAAGACAUGUGGUGAUCCGAGCUUUCACCGACUUCCUAGCCUUCACCGUGUUGUUCAAUUACAUCAUUCCCGUGUCCAUGUACGUCACGGUGGAGAUGCAGAAAUUUCUGGGCUCCUAUUUCAUCACGUGGGAUGAGGAAAUGUUCGACGAGGAAUUGGGAGAGGGAGCUCAGGUUAACACCUCCGACCUGAAUGAGGAGCUGGGUCAGGUGGAAUAUGUUUUCACUGAUAAGACGGGCACUCUGACGGAGAACAACAUGGAGUUUAUCGAAUGCUGCGUAGAUGGGAACGUUUACAUUCCCCAUGCAAUCUGCAACGGUCAAAUCCUAAGCGCUGCCUCCAGCAUAGACAUGAUUGAUUCUUCACCGGGUGGAUAUCGCAGAGAGCAUGAGGACCUGUUUUUCCGGGCAUUGUGUCUGUGUCACACGGUGCAAGUGAAGGAGGAGGAGACAGUGGACGGCAUCAAGAAGGGCAUCCAUCAAGGCCGACCCACUUCCUUUUACAUCUCCUCCUCUCCGGAUGAGGUGGCUUUAGUCGAGGGAAUGAAAAGGCUGGGCUACACCUACCUGAGACUGAAAGACAACUACAUGGAGAUCCUGAACAAAGACGACGAGAUUGAAAGAUUUGAGCUGCUUCAUGUGCUCAACUUUGACUCUGUCAGGAGGAGAAUGAGUGUCAUUGUCAGGGCGAGUUCAGGGGAAUAUUUGCUCUUCUGCAAGGGCGCUGAUUCUGCCAUUUUUCCUGUGGUGGUAUCUGGCAAGGUGGAGCAGGUGAAGGCUCGUGUGGAGCAAAAUGCUGUAGAGGGCCUGCGAACCUUGUGCGUAGCCUACAAGAAGCUGUCGGAGUCCGAGUACCAAGAUGCAUGUCGGCACUUGACGGAUGCCAAGCUGGCUCUGCAGGACAGGGAACAGCGGCUGGCUGAGGCUUAUGAGGUCAUUGAAAGAGAAUUUGUGCUCCUGGGUGCCACUGCAGUAGAGGACAGGCUCCAGGAGAAGGCGGCCGACACCAUCGAGUCACUGCACAAGGCGGGAAUUAAAGUUUGGGUGCUGACAGGAGACAAAAUGGAGACGGCGGCGGCCACCUGCUACGCCAGCAAGCUGUUUCGCCGUACCACUCAAAUCCUGGAGCUGACCAAGAAGCGCACAGAGGAGCAGAGUCUGCAUGAUGUUUUGUUUGAGCUCAACAGGACAGUUCUCAGGCAGCGAUCCAUUUCUGGGUUGACUGUCGACUGCCUGGAUUUCGGCCUGAUCAUCGACGGAGCCACGCUGUCGGCCGUCCUCAAGCCAAACCAGGACGUUGCCGGCCACGGAAACUAUCGAGAGAUCUUCCUGGAGAUCUGUCGUAACUGCAGCGCUGUGCUUUGCUGUCGAAUGGCACCGCUGCAGAAGGCACAGAUUGUGAAGCUGAUCAAAGCCUCCAAAGAGCACCCGAUUACGCUCGCUGUUGGAGAUGGAGCGAAUGACGUCAGCAUGAUUUUAGAAGCACACGUGGGCAUUGGGAUCAUGGGUAAAGAAGGUCGACAGGCCGCCAGGAACAGCGACUAUGCCAUCCCCAAGUUCAAGCAUCUGAAAAAAAUGCUGCUGGUUCACGGCCACUACUACUACAUACGCAUCGCCGAGUUGGUCCAGUACUUCUUCUACAAGAAUGUAUGCUUCAUCUUCCCGCAGUUCCUGUACCAGUUCUUCUGCGGCUUCUCCCAGCAGCCUCUGUACGACACGGCUUAUUUGACCUUGUAUAACAUCAGCUUCACGUCACUGCCCAUCCUCCUCUACAGUCUGGUGGAAAAGCACGUCACCAUGGAGACGCUUAAACGGGAGCCCUCCUUGUACAGGGAUAUCGCCAAAAACUCCCUCCUCUGCUGGCCAGUCUUUCUGUACUGGACAUGCCUGGGCGUGUUUGACGCCGUCGUCUUCUUCUUUGGUGCCUACUUCCUAUUUGACAAUACCACCUUCACCAGCAAUGGCCAGCUCAUGACCACCAACACGCAGAUGAUGUUUGGCAACUGGACCUUCGGGACUCUUGUUUUCACUGUGCUAGUGUUCACCGUGACACUCAAGCUCGCCUUGGACACGCACUACUGGACCUGGAUCAACCAUUUUGUCAUCUGGGGCUCUCUCCUUUUCUAUGUGAUCUUCUCGCUCCUUUGGGGAGGCAUCAUUUGGCCCUUCCUCAACUACCAGAGGAUGUAUUAUGUCUUCAUGCAAAUGCUAUCCAGCGGGCCGGCCUGGCUUAGCAUCAUCUUGCUCAUCACGGUCAGCCUGCUUCCUGAUGUCAUUAAGAAGGUCCUCUGCAGGGCCGUAUGCCCUACAGCCACUGAGCGUACUCAGCAGGAUCGUGACAAGUUGGCACGGGAUGACGUGGCCGAGCUGUCCUCCUGUCGUUCUUACAAAGGCGCGAGCAUCGACUCCUCUCAGCUGCAGCUCGGCACGGUGGAGACGCUGUCGCUCCGCGCCUCCAACCCCCUUCCCCAAAAACUCUUGGUGCACUUGGCAGAAGGGGGGAGGGCGGACUUGCGCUCCCUCAGCCCGUGCAUGCUCCGGCUUUCCGGGGCGGGGAUAGCCUACUACGCUCCGGGCCCAGAAACGUCGGUCUGAAGUCCAACCGGACUUAAAACUUUUGUGUGAGUGUGUGCGGAAUAGAGUAUCACGGGAUGUGCAGGCAGCCAUCUUUAUCUCAAGGGUGAGAAUUUGUACAACACACAUGCUCACUUAUGUUCAUUUCUGGACCAGAGAGCACCCCUUUCUAGGUAGUAUUAUCCAAAUUCCUCAUUUAUGAGUUACAGUUCAGUCUUUUUGUACAUUCAUAACUAGGGAUGUCCCCGAUCCAAUCACAUGAUCGGAAAUUGAAUGAACAAAUAUAUAACACAUACAUCGCAAUAUAUCACUUUUUCGAUAUAUUGUCACACACCUAAUCGGGACAUUCCUAUUCAUGAAAAUUUUGCCUGUUCUUCCUUGCUUAUGUCCUUUUUUUAUUUUGCAAAUGUUUGUUACAAAUUGUAUUUAUACUGUAUAUGUUUGGAUUUAUACAGUAUACUUAUAAUACAGUUAUAUGUACCUCUUCCACCCCCAUUCUGUUUGUGUGUUCAGAAUUUCUGGUCAAGUAAGGGCUGCUAUCAAGCUCCGACCUUUAUGUCGUGUAUGUAUGCCUGCGUGCAUGAAGAUGCCUGCACCGUAUGUUUUGUACGUGACACACCUUUGCCUUACAGGUAAAUCACAUAGCAGCAGGCUAAGAGCCAAAGGUGUAAAAAAAAAAAAAUCAAAAAAUAAAUAAUAGGAAGUGAUGUAUUACAAAGCCUUACACACACACAGUCACCCCCAACACACCUCUUCCUACGAGGAUGGGGAAAAAAAUAAGAGAGGGAUGUGCAGUAAUGUCGCCACCCUGCCUUAAUUUACACAUGCCUGCUAGUAGUCGUUUCUAUGGGAUACAUAUUUUCACUACUCCAUCUCACCUUUGUCUCCUUGCAUGUCUCAACUCUUUGCAUGGUGAUUUCUACCCAGGACUGAACUCGGAUUUAUAUUUUAUUAUAUUGUGUUACUACAUGGUGCAGAGGAGUAAUUGGGGCCACACCAUUUACAUUUUAUUCUUGAAAUAUCACCAUUUCAUGUAACGUCACAUCUUUACUCACGUAUAUUUUCUGACUUUAUUGCUAAUAACCUUAUGUUUGUAACCUUACUUUAAUCCUGUGAAAAAUCAUUGCAUCAUUACUGUCGCGUUGUCCGAUAAUUACUUUUUAACAAAUAACUGAUAUCCCGAUUAGGGCUGCAGCUAUCGAUUAUUUUAGUAGUCGAUUAAUCUACCAACUAGUUAGUUGGAAUAAUCGACUAAUCAGAUUAGGAACAUUAAAAGAUUAAGGGGAUGUAAAACAAAGGCCUGCCAUGAUACCACUUUCAGAAGAGCAUUAAUUGCGAAUACAAAAUGAAAUUCCCGAGUGUUUCUUCAAACUAUGCAGACUUGCAGUUUCGUUUAAAAAUAAAUUAAAAUACUUGAACUUAGCCUCAAACGGUAUAAAUAAAACAAAUGAGGAACUAAGUACAACAAAAGAACAAUUGACUAACUUGCAUAGCAAAAGCCCGCUAGCAAAAAUGCUAUAAAUUACUAUAUUUUUUUUUUCACAAUGCUCUUAACAAAUCGUUCAAACGCAUAUUCCCACACAAAAAAAAAAACUGGUCAAUAUACCUAUUAACAAAAUUAUGAAUACAUAAAAAAACAAUAACUCAAACAAAAACUUACCUUAUGUUGGUCUUAACAGGGAGCAGCCAUGUUAAAUGAGUUAUGUCAUAUUAACUGUUGCCACUAGAGGGCAGUGUAUCCACCCAAAUCAAUAAAACUAAAUGCAAACACUUUCAAAACAAACGUUACUCGAUGCAGCAACAAUUGAUGCGAAGCUUUUUUCUAAUCAAAUUACUCGAGUUAAUCGAUUAAUCGUUGCAGCACUUAUCCCGAUAUUGUCUAGGUCCAAAAAUCCGAUACUGAUAUCAAACCAAUACCGAUAUAUGCGUUCGUGGACUUAACAUAUUAUUGCAAAUCGUAUUGUGAUGUCCCACUAGUUGCUUUAAUAAUGGUAAAUGUAACAACUUCAAGGUUUUCCGAAUAAAAUAAAUAUUCUGUAAAAAAUAGAGAACUUCAACUGAAGUUAUAGGGGGAAAUUGCCAAAAUAAUGUCCCCUACAAAUAAAAUAAAUAAAUUGAAAUGAACCAAAUUGUUCAUAAUUAGAUAAAAGUUAAUUCACAAAAAAAUUACAUUUAUAAUAGAUACUCCAAAGAGCCACUAGGGGGCGACAAAGCAAUAAAAAUACAGGCAGGCAAUUAUAGGACAUGCCAAUGCAAUGACAAUUCCCACGUUGCAUUAUGCUGGGCUUUUGCACAUAUCUUUAAUUAUAAUUAUGGGAUUUAUUACUUUUCUUAGUGAGUAUUUCUAUCUGGUGACUAGGCAUGUGCCGGGAUUCUGACAGUAUGAUAACCUUAAGCAAAAAUAUCACUGUUUGACAGUAUCAUGGUAUUGCAAUUACAGUUCUAAAAUGUUUUGUUUUGAGAUUCCUGGGUUACAAAAAAAAUUACAAUUUUCCCAUUGAACAGGAUUUUUAUUUUUCAAAACAACAUAUUAGCAAAAUUGGAAUUUAAGCAUAAUGUUAAGUUAAAUGAAUAAAAAAAAAAUUCUAAAUAAAAUUAAAUUUGCAUGCUAAUUGGCCACGUCAUCUGCCUAGUUAACAAGCUUACGUGACAGUAUGUUUUACUACUGCUAGACACACUACACACACUGAAGUUAACUCUCGUAGCUUGUGGGAAACGUUCAUGACAUAACCUGUAAUUUUGUUUGAAUGUGAAAUCAUAUUGGAGAUAUUUUACAUUUCAGUUGGCCCACCUAAGCCGCGGCUGUCUGUAACUUUCCUUUACCCGAAGUAUUCCCAUAUCAGUGACUUUGUUUUCUUCCAUGGUGGAAAAAGUUAAGGUGUUUCAUGUCCUCCAGUCAACGUGCAGCACAGCUGACUCACUGACAUGAGCAACAACUUGUGGGGAGGCCCUGCAUUUUUGGGACAUAAAAAAUAGCAAAUACCAUAGGGACGGUAUGACGGAAAAUUUUAGCGGUUUUGAAACCUUAACGUUUUCAUACCACGGUAACCGGCACAUGCCUACUUGUGACACAGUAGUUAUAUUUGAUGAGUUUAAAACUAAUUAUUUUUAAUUUAUUGUUCAUUUUAUUUGUGCACCACAAGUGUUUAGGGUCUUUCCCUCAGUUAACAAAUCCCAAGCCUGUUAGUUUGGAGACAUCUAGAGGUCACUCUAAGCACAGCUGCUGUGCUAAGCUGUGACCAGCCCAUCCACAAACUUUUAUAACCCAGCAUGCGUAUUGGCGAAAACUGAAACCUGUAUUUUCCCCAAAUUUUAAAUGCUUUUAUCUCGCGAUAUUAUCGGACAACUCGAAUCAUUGCAUCUUUAGUCACAUGAAACAAUAGAUUUAACUUGUCUUUAUUCUUAUCAAGUUUUUCAUAAGAUAAUUUAGUAAUGUUGACACUUAAAUAUACAAUCCUGCUUUUUUUACAUGUUGGUGUGGCCCUAAUAUUCCUUCCGAGCACUGUGAUAGUUUCAGGUGUUGUAAUAGCAAUUUUCGUGCUCUUUGUAUGUUAUGCAAAAACUCAUGUCAAGUCGGAAAGAAGGCCAAGCGCGUGUACCUUUUGUCUCCCCGUUACGGUGGCAGUCACUAUCAAUGAAGGGAUGUAACUUUUCACAUGUUAUACUCAGCAGGAAGACUUGAAUAGGCGACUUCACAAUCAAUCAAUAGAAUGUCAAACCAAUUUGUCCAUGUCCAGCCGACGAUUGUAGCUCAUUCCGGAUCGACCUCUUUUUUUCCUCUCAAGAACAGUUUAUUUUUAUACACAUCACCAUCUACCAACGGGUAUAGAUUUCAUAUAUUAAAAAAGGAAUUUUUAUUGUACAGAUUAGAUACAAGCUCAGUCUGUUAUGAUUUCGGGACUCAACAUCCUGACCUCAGUGACACUCACUGUGCUGUUGCCAUGUUGUAUCCAGAUUUGACAGUAUUUUUCGGGCUAUAAGUCGCAGUUUUUUUUUCAUAGUUUGGUCACCACAAGAGGGCGCUCAACGCCUAUGGUGCGACUUAUGUUUUUUUUUUCCCCUCUUCAUUAAGCAUUUUUUUGGCAGGUGCGACUUAUAAACCGAAAAAUACGUUACUCCUCUGCUUCAAAGAUUGUUGCACACUCCGCCAUUAUUUAGUUGUACGUUAUGUAUGCCGCAUGUUCACAUUUUGUAAUUUAUUUUUUAAAACUGCUUUCUUAAGUCUCAGCGUGCCAAAAACUGUAUUUUCUGUUUCAAUGUUGACAAAUGUACCACAUUUUGUUAUCAAAAGGAUGGGUUGACCUUUAAUUUACCAACUGUUACUAGUACUGUAUAAUAGUGUUGCGCUUUCAUCCACAUGUAUGCAUAAAACGAUGUCUGUGGGAUGCAUUGUUGUUGCGGACAAUGCAUUUCUGCUAUUUUGUGCCCAUUCAAAGUCUUGGCUAGGCUCAUACCGCAGGUUUUACUGCGCAAAUCCGAAGUGGACCAUUUUAAAUCCUAUCUAGGUCACUUUUAUAUGUGGGUUUUAAACCCAAUCUAUGACACAUUUUUCCAGAAUGUGGCUACGGUCUGUUGUUUUUGGCAGCACUUUUAAUUUUCGUCUUAGUCUUCGUCUUUUGGUCGAAAACACUUAUUAGUCUUAGUCAUAUAUUAGUCAUUUCAAAAUGUGUUCGUCUUCGUCUAGUUUUAGUUGACAGACGAGCACAUAAUUGUAGUCUACAAGGAAAUCACCCUUUUCAUGAUGAUGAUAAUACAUACUCAGCAGGAAAACGGCACAUUAUUUUCAAUUAAUUAAAUUCAUCUGGACGCCACCUGUCUGUAAAACAUUUUCCAGGAGUAUAAGAAGACACCGCGCUAAAUGCUAAAGCAAACGCUAUGCUAACGUGAACGCUAUGCUAACGCUACAAGUUACUUUAGUUAGGGUGACCAAACGUCCUCUUUUGCUUGGACAAGUCCUACUUUCGCGAAGUAUCCUCCACGUCCGGGCGGGUUUUAUAAAUUCAUAAAAUGUUCGGUUUUUAGGAUGUCUCACGGGACAAAUUUGAAGAGAAUCCCUCCGGCCGCUGGGUGUCAGCGCCUGCCUGCGAUGACAUGGCUCCUAGUAGUAGGGAGGGAAGGAGUAGUUCUUGUUUUUGUUGGCAGUUUACCCCUAUCAUGAGGCAUUGCCGCCAUCUACUGGGUUGACGAUUUGGCCACAACGCCUUAAGUUUUUUACGAUAAAUACGUAUAUAAUGGCAACUGUUGACUUCUGUCGGAGCUUUGACUGUAAAAUCCCGUUUGGUGUCGCAUCGUUGCGCUGCCGAUGAUUGUAAACUUUUAUAGCAAAGUUUGAUUUUUGCCUCAGCUAGCUAUCAGUAAGUUGAACCGCGCUAGGCAUUAUGGGAAACGUAGUUUUGAACUGCUACGUUUGGAAACAUGCUGGUUGAAUAGUUUGUCAGUUUAUGUCGGUUUUUGUUUGUGUGCAAUCUAGAACAUUGAAUGAGAAUAUCAAUUCUCGUGUUAGUAAUUUAUAAAAAUGUUUAGUUGGCACAUAGCCUACUGUGUGUAUGUGUAUUGACUGGACUACAUUUCUAUGGGUCUGCAUUAUAAUACGUUUAUAUAUACAGUAUAUAUAUAUAUAUAUAUAUAUAUAUAUAUAUGUAUAUAUAUAUAUAUAUGUAUAUAUAUGUAUAUAUUUGUCAUUAUUUAUUUUUUAUUUUUAUUUUUUUUUCAAACUGCAGUUUUCCAUCCAGAGUGAGGGGGCACACUUUAAAUAUAUUUAAGUGAUAUAGGCAUCUUUGAGUGAACUUCGAGUAAAAUUCAGGUAUCUUGAGGCCGGGCCGAGGGUCCUCUUUUUUGGGAAUAAAAAUAUGGUCACCCUAGUUUAGUGUGUGAUGAUUACUUAUCACAGACCUUUAAAGGCUAAACCACCAUAGCAUAGCCAAGAGAAGGAAGCAAAACUUACCAAGCAGCACCUGACACGUUUCACAAAAGGAGCCUAGAAUGGGAACACGCUUACUCACCGGUGUUUGGGGCGGUGGGGCAUAGCACGUCACGAGUGAAACGACCAAACACUGCUAAAAUGCGUGCUAACCACACACAUGAUAAGAAAAUGUCACACAUUGUGAACUUAUGACGGAAACCAGUGUUUGAUUUUGUCAGCCCUUUUAAUUUUCGUCUUAGUCUUUUGGAGGACAGUGCUUAUUAGUCUUAGUAAUAUUUUAGUCAUCUCAAAAUGUGUCUUCGUCUAGUUUUCGUUGACGAAAACUCAAGACUAAUUUCAUCUAGUUUUAGUCGACGUUUAAUAAAAAUGUUUUCGUCUGUAAAAUGAAAAAAAAUUUAAUUAUACCCACCAGGACGCCACGAACAUUAUGUAGAGAAGUUGUCUGAGAGUUUAAGAGGACGCUCGCCGUUAGCAAUAGCCGGAUGCUAAGGGGAGUGUGAAUGCUAUGCUAACGGUACGAGUUACAUUUUGUGUGUGAUGAUCACUCAGCAUAGUUUAAGAGGACGCUUGCCGUUAGCAAUAGCCUUAUGCUAACGCGAACGUAAAUGCUAUGCUAACGCAGCUACGAGUUACAUUUAGUGUGUGAUGAACACUCAGCACAGACCUUUAAAGGCUAAAUAAACAUUUCCUAUUCUCUCUUUUUGCCAAGAAAAAAAGACUAAUCUCGUGUGUAUCUCAAAACAGGCAAUGGGAAGACUGGAGAGGACACUAGCGGGAUGAAUUGGGGUGGAGGGGCGGAGCACGUCACAUGAGUGACACAACCAAACACAUUGUGAACAUUUGACAAAAGUCGAAAACUGGCAUUCGUUAUGCUUUAAUCUCCCACUAAACGUUUUUAGCUAUUUAUCGUCUCGUCAUCGUCAUGAAAAAAUUGUUUGUUGACGAAUUAUUUUCGUCAUAGUCAUCAUAGACGAAAAUAAAACUGACGGAAACUUUGGCAAAUUUUCAUCUCGUUCUUGUCAGACGACACUGGCAUCCAUCUCAUCAUCUUUUAGUUUCCCAAGACACGUCGUAAGCGUGUCAUCGUGACCUCAUCGUUAUGAAAGAAUUGUUUGUUGCCGAAAUAUUUUCGUAACAUCGUUGAAGAAACAACACGGGUCUGAAGAUGUCUUCCCAAAUCAGAAUUCUGGCGACCGCUGAUGACGCUAAUUUGUACCGUUAAGCAACGGGUGGAUUUGCGCAAUGAAGUAGCAAAUGUUGAAAACUAACAUGGAGGGCGGAAUGAUCUGUGGUGUGAAGUGGAGGGAGAUUGAAGUUCAAGAAUCAAUAGGAGAAACCAUACAAAGAUAUUAUAGUAGCAUAUAAUGGCGCUUCUUUCUUGUGACGUAUUUUUCUACAUCUGCGCAUGCUGGUCACUUUCUUAACGGGCAUGUGAAAAGACUAGAUCUGACAAAAAAUCGGAUUUGUGCAUUAAGACCUGUGACCUGGAUCUGAUUUGAAGUUCACUUCUAUGCCACUUGUCCCGUUCAGACCAUCAAGUUAAUGCCUCACUCGAGUCGGAAAAACACGAAAAUGUUGGAUUCGCGCAUUAAGAACUGCGGUAUGAACCUAGCCAUACUUCAAUUUACGUCCAGCUUUGCUCAUAAUAUUGCCUUCAUAAAUUUUUUUAUUUGGAAUUUAAGAAAAAAAAAUAAGAGCUUUCGGGUGGAACACAUUGUGCUCAACUACAAUGCAUUUUUACUUCAUUUCUUUGCAUUUGAAGAAUUAAGUUCCAACUCAUCUCACAUUGUGCUUUCAUGCUGUGUUGUAUUUGAAAGCAUGAAAAAACAAACAAAAAAACACUCGAAUACAUUGUGGUCAUCUACAAUCAUUUUUAUUUGUAAUUUCUUGAGUUGUCCAAUAAUGAUUAUUUAAAUGAUAACAGAUAUUGUCCAACUCCAAAAAUCCGAUACCAAUAUUAAACCGAUACGGAUAUAGUCGUUCUUGGACUUAUGGCUAAUUUUAUUGUGAUGUCCCACUUGAUGCUUUAAUAAUAAUAAAGCUCACAUAUAAAUUUCCAAGCAUCUUAGUUUAGAGACAUCUAAUGGUCAGUAAGCAUAACUGCUGAGCUAAGCUGUGACCAACCCUGGUACAAAGGCAGAAAGCUCCUGCGUUCACUUUGAAGGCAACAUGCAUAAUGCCUUCAAACUGAUCAUGAAAAACCAAUGUCGAUAUUAUCCGUUUUUUUUUUUUUUUAAUGCUUUUAUCAGCUACCCGAUAAUAUCGGACAACUCUAGUAAUUUCUAUAUUUUUCAACUCCUUGUAGUUGUGUUGCCCAUUCUGGUAUUUUGUGUACAUUUCCUUUGCUACUUUUGUACAUCUGUUAAUGAUUAGAUUAUCAAAUUUGGGUCUGGGUUUACCAAAAGGGUCAGAGAUAUGACACAGCACUUUGUGGUACAGAUCAGUGUUCGCCCAAAAAUUGGGGUCCGUUGAGUUGAUACUGCUAUACUACUCUACGUUAUUUUUCUAUGAAGAUUGUAGUGGAUGAAGUGACCAAAUAACUUGAAACUGGAACAAAUUGGCCUCCAUCUCAAAUGGUUGUAUCUCACCAGCCUUUUUCUCGAAUGUCAACGCUGCUUCUCUGAAGUCCAUCAGCACAAGUGCAGCAGGAGUUCAAAAUGCUGACGUCAACGAGCAUGGCAAAGAUGCCAGGCGUGUGUGUGUAUGUCCGCUCCCGAGCGGUACAUGCAUCUUCCGUACAGCACUGUUUGUAUUAAUAAUUAUAUAUAAAAGGUUUUGAGACUUUUUUUUUUUCUUAAAAAAAUGAUGUUUUUUCCUUUUAUUAACUAUUUUGCAAGCCUGUCUGUAGCAAAUUAGGGUUAAAUGCACUGUAUUGUUAUUUUGCUUGGAAUAAAGAA